AACCGAGUAGGUGAAGUAGGAGGAAAUAGAGUAGAGUAGGAGGAUUCCACCUCCACGGCGACCGGCAAAUCCUGCGGGACGGCUCGACGGACACCUGUAACCACGCAGACUCCCUGCAGCACGGGACGGCGCGAAGGAACUCACCCGAUAGGGGACCGUAUCGGUCGCAGAUCAUUCAGGAUACCGCGCGUUGACGUCUGCUCCGCUGCCUCCAUUGAUCAUCCUCCGAUCAAUCGUCGAGUGACAGUGGACGUGCCGGUUGUUGUUUUGCUACACUCGGCCUCCUUCGCUUCCCGCUUAGCUUCGCCAAGUGUGCUCACGGUACGUUGUUCGCCGGUGGGAAAGCUCGCUUCGAGAAGGAAAAAAAUAAAAGAAAAAAAAAAGAAAAACAGAGAAAAAGGCUCGACGAUAAUUGCACCGCACGCGGUGAUCAGCCGUGAUAAAUCAGGGCCUCGCGUGUGUGAUUUCUAAGCGACUGCUUUAUCGUCCCAUCGACAACUGCAAUUAAGUACAGUGUUUCCCGACUUGGAAUUUAUAUCUUCCUUCGGACGCGCUGCCCUUUUCCCCCCGGUAUCUCUGGCUGUAUCUUCGAACCAGUUCUCAUUGUUCUUUCUCUUUAACAUUUUUUUCAAUUUAGAGUAGCGUUUAACAGAGUUACAUCGAGAGCGGAAUAAUCGGAAGCGAAGUUCGGUUACGCCGAUUGCAUUGAUCCGAGAUCUUGGAGUAUUUUUUCAUUGGCUUCGUCGAAGAUGGAUACGCCAAAGAUACCGCGGUUCUACGUUACGAUAUCCACCGAUCAUCGAGAGAAACACAGUGGUCCCUGAAAGAGCGCGCGUGCCAGGACAGUCGUCGAACAUUGGACAAUUGAUAGAGCAGUUCUAAUGCGCGAAGCAGCGGAACGAAUGCCAGUCUUUUAGAAUGUAAAGUGCAUGAAGAUGACGGCAACGAAGAGAAGCGGUGCUAAAGCUUGGCUGCUCUUGUUCCUGUUGCUGAUUCACGACGGCAGGUGCAUCAAGUGGUUCGCAAUCUCUGCCACUUGUAAAAUGAUCUGGACAGGAGGCUCGUUGCGAACGAGGAUUAACGAUCGAUUUAUAAUAAUUUGCAUCAGUAUCCUGAUUAACGUCGGACUGGUGCAAGAUCGCGUGAAUGUUGCUAUUUAUAAAAUUCGCACGGCUCUCGGUCGUACCGGGGAUGGCUACACGUGGACGAGGGAGGCCUGCACCAGCGCGAAAAGCUCCGGCCUUUUGGAGAGGAAGCAGGCAAGGGCGUGCAGAGCGACGCCGGACGUUAUGGCCAGCCUGGUGCAAGCGGCCAGGGAUACAUCGACGGUAUGCCAGCAAGCAUUUCGACAUCGUAGGUGGAAUUGCAGCAGCAUCGAGCGUGCGCCGGAUUAUACGCCUGAAUUGCUUACCGGAACCAGAGAACAAGCAUUCGUGUAUGCUAUGUCGGCUGCAGCUGCUGUUUGGAGGCUAGCGAGAGGAUGCGCCCUGGGCAGUCUAGCGGCUUGUUCCUGCGCCACUCCACCACGAAGAGAGCCACCGUCACCGUCCGCCUUGAUUUCACCUUCGUCCUUCACCGCCACGUCGCUCUCGUUCGGCACGCUUUCUGCCAAGAACUCGUUCAAAUGGGGUGGCUGCGGCGACGACGUUAGAUCCGCGUCCAGGAUGGCCAAGAGAUUUCUCCAAGGCGCCACUCCUCCUGGCACAGGUGCAACCGCGAAGUUUAUGCACGCUGUUAACAUGCACAACAACCGGGCGGGUCGAAGGGCAGUGGAACAAUCCUUGACCCUGGAAUGCAAAUGUCACGGAGUUUCCGGGUCGUGCAGCGUGCGUACCUGUUGGAGAGGUCUUGGUUCUUCGGGGCCAGCAGCCGCAGGAAGUCGAUUGCUUCGGAGAUACGCAACUGCGGCGGAAGUUCGGCCGAGGUCAGGAGGCAGGCUACCGCCUCUAUAUCAUCACGAUAAUCUGUUGUACACCACGAAAAGCCCGGACUAUUGUCUUCCUGACAAGAAGAGGGGGAGUCUUGGAACUGUCGGCAGGCAAUGCAAUGGCAGCAGUACCGGAUACGAAGGUUGCGAGUACCUUUGUUGCGGCCGUGGACACGUGACGAAAACGGAAGAAGUUUUAGAGCGAUGCGAUUGCAAGUACAUCAGCUGCUGUUACGUCAAAUGCAAGACAUGCAGAAAAGUUAUGAAAACGUACGAGUGCAAAUGAAUGCACGGAUUCGUAGAAACCUCGAAUUGAAGCCUGAUCAAGCUCAAGUGGCAAGAAUUCAUGUAAACUGUUCACGGGCAACUCUGUAAACGACAAACUUGUCCAUUGCGUUUAAAAACAUGAAACUUACGCGGUGUGAUUAAUCGUCGCGAUAAUUCGGGACGAUCGGAGGAUAUCGCGAUUGGAAGCGCAUAUUUGUAGUUAUUUUUAGAGGUCGUUGUGUAAUUAUAUCGAAAAAUGUGGAAAAUGUACGAUUCAGGCUGGUGAUGGUCGAUUACUCGAACGAAUCGUCGAUGACGAAAACGUAAUUAGAAAAUACUUAAUGUUAAAAGGAAACUCGAUGAAACUCUUAUUUAUCCCGUCUACUAUUUAUUGAAAUUUAUGUGUUUGAUACGCUGCGAGUAUAGCACACCAGUGUUGUCGGUCAACAUUUUCCAAAAUAUUGAGGCACGAGAAAAGAUUAGACAUUAAUAACAUCGAUGAAAAACUGAUAUUGGUAUACAGGCGCAAAACCAGACAACACCGUUAGCAGCAUGUUAGACAUAGGCGUGGUUAGUCGCAAUGUAAAUAAUUUGCUGAAUUCGACGUAGUUUGUAUUGAAAAUUAUAUUCUACAAUAAAUAUCACUUGACACGGA